AUGGCGCUGUUCUCGCUGCUGCUGGGGCUCGUGGCCUGCUCCAGCCAGGCCGUGCUGCCCUCCGGCUACCGCGGCGACCCGCUGGUCGUGGAGACCAAGAGCGGGCUGGUGCGCGGCCUCUCCAAGACCAUCUCGGGCCGCGAGGUGCACGCCUUCCUCGGCGUGCCGUUCGCCAAGCCGCCGCUGGGGGCGCUGCGCUUCCGCCGGCCCGUGCCCGUCGACCCGUGGCACGGCGUGCUGGACGCCACCCAGCUGCCCAACAGCUGCUACCAGGAGCGCUACGAGUACUUCCCCGGCUUCGAGGGCGAGGAGAUGUGGAACCCCAACACCAACGUGUCGGAGGACUGCCUGUACCUGAACCUGUGGGUGCCGCAGCGGCUGCGCAUCCGGCACUCGGGCGACUCGGGCCAGCGGCCGCGCGCGCCACUCCUCGUCUGGAUCUACGGCGGCGGCUACAUGUCCGGCACCUCCACGCUCGACAUCUACGACGCCGACAUCUUCGCCGCCAUGACGGACGUGAUCGUGGCGUCGAUGCAGUACCGCGUGGGCGCCUUCGGGUUCCUGUUCCUGCGGCCGUACUUCAACGGCGACGCCGAGGAGGCGCCGGGCAACAUGGGCAUGUACGACCAGGCGCUCGCGAUCCGCUGGCUGCGCGACAACGCCGAGGCGUUCGGCGGCGACCCGGCGCUCGUGACGCUGUUCGGCGAGUCGGCGGGCGGCGGCUCGGUGACCGCGCACCUGGUGUCUCCGGUGACGCGCGGGCUGGCGCGGCGCGGCAUCGUGCAGUCGGGCACGCUCAACGCGCCCUGGAGCUACAUGAGCGGCGAGACGGCGGCCGCCAUGGCGCGCGGCCUCGUCGACGACUGCGGCUGCAACUCGUCGCAGCUGGCCGACACGCCCAGCAAGGUGAUGGCGUGCCUGCGCGCCGUCGAGCCCAAGACCAUCUCGGUGCAGCAGUGGAACUCGUACUGGGGCAUCCUCGGCUUCCCCGCGGCGCCCACCAUCGACGGCGUGUUCCUGCCCAAGCACCCGCUGCAGCUGCUGGAGGAGGGCGACUACAAGGACACCGAGAUCCUCAUCGGCAGCAACCAGGACGAGGGGACGUACUUCAUACUGUACGACUUCAUCGACUACUUCGAGAAAGACGGGCCGAGCUUCCUCCAGAGGGACAAGUUCCUCGACAUCAUCAACACCAUCUUCAAGAACAUGUCCGAGCUGGAGCGCGAGGCGAUCAUAUUCCAGUACACCGACUGGGAUCGCAUGAACGACGGCUACCUGAACCAGAAGAUGAUCGCCGAGAUGGUAGGCGACUACUACUUCAUAUGCCCCACCAACCUGUUCGCCCACAUCUACUCGCAGCACGCCAAGGUCUACUACUACUACUUCACCCAGAGGACGAGCACCAACCUGUGGGGCGAGUGGAUGGGCGUGAUGCACGCCGACGAGAUCCAGUACGUGUUCGGCCACCCGCUCAACAUGACCAUCCCGUACAGCGACAAGGAGCGCGAGCUGAGCCUGCGCAUGAUGCGGGCCUUCGCGCAGUUCGCGCUCACCGGGAACCCGGCCGAUAAGGACGUGGAGUGGCCGCCCUACACCGCAGAGCACCCGCAGUACUACAUCUUCCACUCCGAGAACAACGGCCUGGGGCGGGGGCCCCGGUCGCAGGCGUGCGCCUUCUGGAACAAAUUCCUGCCGAGGCUGAGUGGCGUCCAAGGUGCCAGCCACGGCUGCAGCAGCGGCGUGGUCGGCAUGAAGGAGCUGAGUGGCUGCAGCCCCCUCGCAGCACACGCCCUGCCGGCGCUGCUGGCGGGCUACCUGCUGCUGCUGGCGGCGCUGCGCAGCGUGUAGGAGGGGCUACCCUCACCCUCUCUCGAGUACCAGCACGUGAUAGCAGAGCAACACGCAGGCACGUAGCUCCCAGGGAGUCUCUUAGGAUUUUUUUUUCUUCGGAAGUUGGCAGCCACGUCGCGUGGCUCACAAAAAUGGCGAGAGUUGUUUAUUUUCCCAAGAAGGCUUAGCUUGCACCCGGUGCACAAUGAAAAAAAAAAAACCAAGUUAGUACGAUGGUUAAAACAAGGGUUGGGGAAAAAAAAUAAAGUGGAGUCCUGCCAGAGUAGCUAGCAGACGAGAGAGUUUCGCGGCUACGAAGCAGAUUUGUGGAUGGUGUCCUUGGUACAGCGUGUUUACGGUACUUUACGAGAUCCGUUUUUUGAACCCCUCCAUCAUCCCUCCCCAUCACACACGGGGGUUUCUGCAAACUUGUCAUGCAAGUAGUAUUUUUUGAAAGGGAGGGAAAAUAAAAAGUGCACACCAGCACAUAUUAUAUAUACAUACACUCCAUUUUUUUUUGUAUGUCACACGGGCAGCAAACGUAUCGUGUAUUUUACGCCUUGUAUAUAAUAUAUACCGUAUACUCCUGGCAACGCCUACUGCAUUUUUGGUGUUUGAUGCACUCUGCAUAGCUUCAGCGCGCCAAGUAACUGAAGCUGUAAGCUACCGCGUUGUUUUCUUUUCCACACGACUGUACGUAGGAAUCCUCCUGUAAAUAUCACUGACAUCUCAAGAAACGGACUAUCAUUAUUUUCUUACGUGUAAUUGCAAUGUGUAUUUUGCGAUGGAAUUCAGAGAACGUGGCUGGAUAUUUCCAUUUUUUCAAAGGGUUUAAGAAUGUAAGAAUUUUCGUCGUAGCGCAUAAUUGUAUUAGAAUGUAGACAAAUAAUAGUACAAAGUUUAAUGUACACUUCCUAAACCCACUACGUCACUGCAUACUGGUAUUUGGAACACAGUUGUAUUUUGAAGUAAUUGACGACUUAUUGAUGGGAAAGAAGCCAGCCAGUUCCCCUCUAUCUCUCUCUGCUCGCAGUUUUACAUGAGCACAGAACAGAAACUAUCUUAUAAAUGAAACAUAUCAGUGAAAAUCACAAAUCGAUACAUAUCAAUGAGUGCAAUUCCAAAAUGACUUAUUGUUGUACUUAUAGCUUUAUAUAUAUACAUAUAUAAAACAUUUUCUUGCACUUUGUAUUGUACACAGAUAUUUCGUACACAUUUUAUGAUGACGAAUUGUCAACAGUUCUUGCUAGUCAAAUAGUGCCUAUCAAUAGAAAACAUUCCAAUUACAAACCUUGCUCUGUUAAUCACUGUAUGAAACCUUAAAUGUGACAGCAUGUGUAGUUCUUAUAAAAAAUAAUAAUUUGGCUUUCUAACUUAUUCAAAAUUUGUUUCAAUUGUAAUGGAGAAAUCAGAUUGUUUCGAAUAAUGUCUGUGAUAGUAAAACUGUUUUAAGCAUUAUGUGAACAAUGGAUUUAGAAUAAAUAGACAUAAAUAAAGCUCAAACUAUAUUUUUAGAGUAAACAAUGGCAAAACUCUCAAAAUAGCAUACAUACGAAAAUUCUCCACUACCAGCAAUCAACAGCUAAGCAAACAUUUAAAUAGCAGUAAUAAACUGAAACUGAAUCAAUUUUUAUACGCUGUUAUACGAACAAAUUUAACUCAAAAAGUUUUAGUAAUGGUCUAUUUAUUCUGCUGUCUAACGAGCUACAGUCACAUUUGAACUGCUUCUUAAAGGCUAAGCUACUGUGCCUAUUUUUACUCAAUUUCUAAACAAUUUUUCUACACUGCAUCUUCUACGAAACAUUUUUUAGCAAGUAUGUAUUUAUACACCACGCAAUAUUUUUAAGUCUGUGCAUUUACCCAAAUAAACAGAUAUUUCCACGGGAAAAUAUUAAUUGAUUUAACUUUUGGCCAAUAAGAAGUGUCUUUACCAAGAGUCUUGAAUGUUUUAAUACGUAUGCAAACUGAGAUAAUGGAAGAAAACCUCUGUGGGUCACUUUAUACACCAUAAAUUGUAUCGUCCACUCUGUGACGUAUUAAUGGUACUAUAAUUUUUAUAUUAAACAAAAUUUUUCACAAUAUAUACUUUUGUGAUAGUUGUGUUGAUAAAUAUCAAUAAAUUUAUGUACUUCCUAAAUAAUUUGAAGGUUGCAUAAUAUAUUUAACUAAGCAGGUAUAACACUUGAUGUAUUUAAAUUUUUUCCUAAAAUAAACAAUAUAUUUGAGACAUUCACCAUAAUUGAUGUGAGCUAAAAAAAAAAGACAUUUUGUUUAAAUAAUUUAUAUGUAAUUGAUUUUUUGUCAAAUCUGUGGUACAGUUGAAUUUUCAUGUACGAAUUCUUUUACUUUAUUUAUUUGUUACCUGUUCCUACCUGCAUAGAAUAUGAGUGUUUUGUGAAGGACAAUAUAUGUUAAUUUUUGACCAUUUCUCUGAUUUUGAUACUAUUAUCGAAUCACGUUUAUUACUUUUAAUUAAAAAUUGUUAAACAAAUAAUUUACUUCAUAAUAGUGUGCGAAUUUGUAAAGUUAUUAAAAAAUUAAACACGCGUAUUUACAAUAUAAAUACUUUAUUUCAACGAAAAUAGUAUACAAUAUCACAAACCAAUAUUAUUAAAUUUUUUAUAACAGUUUCUAAAAUAUAGUCACUUAAAUAAGAGUAUUUUAUUUUGAACCAAAGCAAGUUUUCUUGAGGAUUAUUUCGCUCACAAUUCGGAAAACUUUAUAUUCAGUCGACACUGCUAUGUUAUACAAUACUGAGUUAAACAAUAUGGUGGUGGUAAACAGUGUUCAAUUGAGAUCAUUAUUUUAUAACACAUGGCAAGAAUACCUCAUAAAGUUUAACCAGCAGUUCUAAAGGUGUGUAGUUACACAAAUAUAAAUCAGGUUAUCUAAAUAUUUUAGUAACAUUAUUACUGAGUUCCUUAUUGACAUAAACUUAAUGCUCGGUGAAAUGUGUCGCGUGUGAAGAGGCCGAUUAACAUUAAUAAACAAGUAUUUAUUACAAUCGGACUCUUUUCAAAAGUUUUCAUGAAAUUGCUAUUUCGAAGUAAUCUUGAAAAAUAAAGUUGUUGGCUUGUUCUGAUUGUGGUACUUCGAAGGUGCGCAAAAUUAUAAGUUAUAAUUAUAAAGCUGUACAUCCUGAAAAGUAACAUCGCUGUACUUAAUAAUGCGUAAAUGACACCUCAAAAUAAA